UUUCUUCCCACUCUACUCCGUCUUGUGUAAACACUUCCUCCCGCCGCCCAGAAACUUCUCCCAUAUACACGGACGUCUGCCGGAGUCUUCUUCUCCUUUGACUGCACUCCGGCGAACCCUCGCCGAAAUUCGUACGGGCCCCUAACUCAGACAGAGCUUUUGUAGGGUUCUACCGCCAUGGCUCCUGAUGCUUCCGACGCCCUCGCUGUCAGAGAGAUGGUGAAGAGCUUCCUGAAUGCUGCUCUUACUGGGAAUUUGGAUCUUCUGAAGAAUAUUGCCGCCCAGCUCGAUGACGGUCAGGGCAUGGCUAAAACUGUUGCCGCCAUUAAGGACGCCAAGCAACGUGGGGCACUUCACUUUGCUGCAAGAGAAGGAAAGACUGAAGUCUGCAAGUACUUGUUGGAGGAAUUGAAGCUUGAUGUUGACACUAAGGACGAAGAUGGAGAGACUCCUCUUCUCCAUGCUGCUCAGCAAGGGCAUAAUGACACUGCUAAAUACCUUCUUGAGCGCGGUGCCAGUCCGAAGAUUCCAAGUGAUAUGGGGGCUACGGCACUGCAUCAUUGUGCAGGGACAGGAAACAUUGAAUUACUGAAGUACUUACUUUCGAAGGGUAUGGAGGUUGAUUUAGACAGUGAUGCUGGUGCUCCUUUAGUUUGGGCUGCUGGAAAUGGACAGAAAGAAGCUUUGAAAGUUUUGUUAGAACAUCAUGCUAAUCCCAACGCUGAAACCGAAGAUGGUGUAACUCCAUUGUUGUCAGCUGUUGCAGCAAAUUCAUCAGCAUGCACAGAGCUGUUGGUUCAGGCUGGGGCUAAUGUGAAUGUCUUGGCUGGUGGAGCAACACCAUUGCACAUUGCGGCAGAUCACGGGAACAUAGAAAUGUUGAAAUGUUUGCUCGAGGCUGGUGCUGAUCCGAACAAGGUUGAUGAUGAUGGUCUGAAGGCUAUACAGAUAGCAGCAUCACGAGGAAAUCAUGCAGCUGUUGAGAUCCUUUUACGAGUGACUGGAAAAUUGGAGAAAGUUCCUGAGUGGACUGUUGAUGGCGUCAUCAGAUAUGUGCAAUCUGAAACCGACAAGCAAGAGGAACUAGUGAGGAAUGUUAAGAAUGUCAGUCUAUCAGAAGCCACUUUACCUAAGAAAGAUCUACCUGAGGUGUCCCCAGAAGUAAAAGCAAAAGCUGCUGAAGCAAAAUCCCGAGGACACGAGGCUUUCAAAAGAAACGACUUUCAAAUGGCUGUUGAUGCUUAUACCCAGGCAAUUGAUAUGGACCCUACGGACUCAACUUUGUUUUCGAAUCGAAGCCUUUGUUGGUUACGAAUGGGGCAAGGCGAGCACGCUUUGAGCGAUGCAAGAGAGUGCAGAUCAUUGAACCCAGACUGGCCUAAAGCUUGCUACCGAGAAGGAGCAGCUCUACGUUUGCUUCAGAGGUUUGAAGAAGCAGCAAAUGCAUUCUACGACGGAGUGCAGCUCGACCCGAAUAGUAUCGAACUUGCGCAAGCCUUUGGGGAAGCCGUGGAAGCUGGGCGAAAGUUUCAUGGUAAGAAUAACAGGAAAUCGUCGUGAAGUGUGUCGUCAGAAGUUUUGGUUGUGGAGAAGCCGAUGGAUAUGAGAGAUCGCUGUGAUGUGUGGCAAGUUUUGGGUUCUUGAAUCAGUUAGUGGCAAAUGGCAAUAGCAUAGCUUGUUUGUUGGUGACUUCUGAGUAGAUUUGUGUGAGAGGCGGAUUUGGUUUGUUUGUAUACUAUGUUGAAUAUGGAUUGUCUGAACCCAUCCACUAUGCUUUUGUGCCAGAAGAUUCAAUCGAUUCACAUGAUCGUAGUUGAGCCUCCUCUCUCUAUGCGUGCUUCAGUUCAAAGAGGCAAUGUACUGUUGAGUCAAUGAGACUAUUUGGUAGAUGUUGAGAACCGGGUGUUGUCAAAUUGUUAUGAUAUAGAGCUG